AUGGCGUCCCGCGUGCUCGUCCCGCGCCUCUCCUUCGCGUCCCGGACCCUCAGAUGCCUUCCUCAGUUCCAAUCGAGAACAUUCCAGUCCACGAGCCGCAGAUUCCAAGAAGCUGGUGCCGCGGCGGUCCCGGUGAAAAAGCCCAUGGGAGCUUUCAGAGGAGGACUGUUCGGUUUCUUACUCGGUUCGACCCUGGCUGGCGCGUCCGUCUACUAUUACAUCCUCGAGGAAUACAAGGUCUCCAAUGAGUUGUUGACGGAGGACAUCUAUGCCCUACAAGCGGCCGUGCAGCGCAUCCACUCAUACGUGACGGAACUGGAAAACAAGAUGAACCAGAUGAAGAAAUGA